AUGGCAAAGCACAAGGCUUCGACGAGCCGCCUCAACAAGAUCGAGACGCGCAAAAAGGCGAAGCGCGAGAAGCGCAACCUCCGCGACCGCCGCCGCCGCGCGAUCUCCUUCGCAGUUGCCGCCGCGAAUCUCGGCGCGGAGACGCAGAAGCAGCAGCCGCCACGAGCGGCGCCCGCGAAAGCCAGCCGGGAAGCUUCGAAGAAGCGGCGGAAGACGAAGCCGACGGGGCUGCAGAUCUACUGGCAUUUGGCCUCCGUGAGACGCGGGCCGCGAGAAACGGCGGCGGUGGCGCUGGUUUCGGAGUUAACGGCGGCGCAGAAGGCGUAUUUGCACGCGCAAGGCGGGGGGAAGAAGGGCGGGGGGAAUGUGAAAAACCCUCGCGGAAAUGGGUCGACGAAGGGUUCAGGGCAUAAGAAGGGUUCAGAAUAUGAGAGUUCGGAAGAGGAGGAAAAUGACGAGAGUGAAGAGGAGGAGAGUGAGGAGGAAGAGGAGGCGAGUGAGGAGGAGACAGAGGACGAAGAGGAGAGUGGGGAAGAGGAGGAAGAGGAAGAAGAGGAGGAAGAGGAGGAGGGCGAAGAGACGAAGAGUAUUCUGAAGCUGGAGGGGUGUUGCGACGAGAUUAAUUACGCCGUUAAGCGGCUGAUCAGGGGGCUGGAGUCGUCCCGCGGGGGCGCAAGGCAGGGCUAUUCAGUGGCGCUCGCUGCCUGUCUGCGCGCGCUGCCCUCGCUGCACCCGCACCUGCCCGCCAUCGCUGCUGCUAUUCCGCUGCUCAUCCCUCUACCCAACAACGCACGGGGAAAGGACGCCUCUGAAGCGCUCUUUGGUCGCAUGUUCGCCCUCGGCUCUCUCGUCCGAAGCGGCCUUCUCGCUUCGCCUUCCUCCCUUUCCUCUGCCACCGAAAAGCCAGCAGCAGCAGCAGGGGGGGGUGGGGGGGAGGCGGGGUGGGUGGUGGGGAGGGGAGGGUGGUUACCAGGGGAGGUGGUAUCUCAGCUGGUGAGGAUCGGCGAGCAACGGUCUUUCCUUGCCGAGCCUGCUAUCGUGCUGCUUGUGGCACUCGUAUCUCAGCUCGUGAGGUUCGGCGAGCAGCGGUCUUUUCUCGCCGAGCCUGCAACCGUGCUGCUGGUGGACCUCGUUUUGCAAGUGACUAAGGCAG